AUGUGGCUCUCGAUGAGCAGUGCCACACUGUGGGUUGUUUUGGGGUUGCUGCAUUGUGCAAUUGGUGGUUUAGAAGAUCAACCAAAAAUAUCGUCCUUCGAUGGGCACGUCAUCUUCGAGUCGGCGCAGGACAAAAACAUAACCUUCCACAUGAAAGGAAACGGGCACCUGAACGUUGGCACGAUCAGUCUCAGCACGCUGUCUAAGAUACUGAUCGAUGGGCGUCCGUCCUCUGACACCCAAGGCUACCUGACGGGAGGGAGCGUGCACGAUCAGAUCCAAUUGCUGUCGACGUACAUCCGUGGUCCGUUUGGGUUGAUCAAACGUGUAGAAACCCUGGAACAGGAAUCAUCAGCUCGCAAUUCUACGCAAAUGCCACCUCGAAUAGGCGCCUUGGCUCGUCGAGUGAGAAGCGUCGAGACGCGACUAGCAACACUGAUGACGACUUUGCAGACUAAGCUGUGCGUUAGCGGGCCCUGUCAAAACGGUGGCACCUGCAUCAACCUGUACGACUCGUUUCAGUGCCUUUGUCCGAGCAACUGGGAGGGUCAGACGUGCACAACUGAUGUGAACGAAUGCGCUCAGUUCGCCGGUACUGAUCUCGGCUGUCAAAAUGGUGCCACCUGCAUGAACACUCACGGUGGCUACAGUUGCAUGUGCACCGACGGUUGGCGGGGAAUUCACUGUAACACCCGCUCGCAGGACUGCACUAACGCGGGUGCGGAUCUGUGCGGCCAUGGUAUCUGCGUGCAGACGAAGGACAGCUACCGGUGCAUCUGCGAUCAGGGCUGGAAGUCGGGCGACGGGUCACCGGCUUGCUCAAUUGAUGUAGAUGAGUGCAGCGAUAUGAAGCCCCAGUGCUCGAAGGAUCCGGAAGUGAGCUGUAUCAACCUGCCAGGUUCUUUUGUGUGCGGCGCAUGCCCGGCAGGCUAUACUGGAAACGGUUUCUAUUGCCACGAUAUCAACGAGUGUGAGACUAACAACGGAGGCUGCAGUACGUCACCAUCCGUGGCCUGCAUAAACACACGGGGCUCCUAUCGCUGCGGUAAUUGCCCAGCAGGAUACACCGGUGACGGACGGACAUGUCUUGCCCAAGGCAACCGAUGUUCGCUCUGUCAUCCGAUGGCGCGAUGUGUGGACUACGGAAGUGCCCUACCAAGCUGCAUAUGUCUGCCCGGAUACGCAGGUUCCGGCUUUGGCCCUUCCGGAUGUUUGCGAUCUUCGGCGAACCCGUGUGCUAGCGCUCCUUGCAAGAAUGGUGGCACCUGCACAAAGAUCGAUGCCCAAAACUACAACUGUACUUGCCCUCCGGGAACUAACUCGCCGAACUGCUUGCGUACAGUAUCUCCGUGUGAGCCAAAUCCUUGCAUGAACGGAGGCACCUGUACACCGUACACGGUCAACUUGUUGACACGGUAUCUUUGUCGGUGUGCUGGCGGAUACACGGGUCCGCGCUGCCAGACGGUGACGCGUACCUGCGGUGGAAUAAGAUAUCAACUCUCCGGAACGCUGCGUUAUCCGGAGUACAACGGCACCUACACGCAUAAUUCACGUUGCGCCUGGCUGAUCAAAACCAACGAAACGCAAGUGCUGAACGUUACCUUUACACAGUUUAAUCUCGAGAAUCCUGUUAGGUCGGGCGAGUGCAGAUACGAUUGGUUGCAGAUACACGACGGACGUACAUCGGCAUCACAACUUAUUGGACGUUUCUGUGGAAGUGAGCUACCACACGGUGGUCAUAUCAUGUCCACCCACAAUAUGCUCUAUCUAUGGUUCCGAUCGGACAACUCCACUGCACAUGACGGCUUCGAACUGAGCUGGGAAAGCAUCGAUCCGAUUUGCGGUGGCUCGAUAUCGGUAGAAAGCCAUGGCAUCAUCACGUCCCCAGGCUAUCCCGGCAACUAUCCCCCGAACAGAGACUGCAAGUGGUACCUGCAGGCAGCGCAAGGUCGCCGGAUCCAGUUCACCUUCUUUACGAUGAAGAUCGAGGUGCACGAGAACUGCAACUACGAUUAUCUGCAGAUUAACGAUGGCUUGAGUGAUGAGGCUAUGAUGUUGGCGAAGUACUGCAACACGUCUCAUCCAGAACCACUAAUUACUCCGAGCAAUGUGGCCACGGUGUACUUUCAUAGUGACGAGGGCGGCAAUGAUCUCGGCUUCCAGAUCAGCUACGCCGUGGUAGAGGGUAUCCCAGGUUGUGGAGGCACGUAUACUCAGCGGGAAGGCGUGAUCAGCUCACCGCUCUCGCAGACGGAUAACCUCUACCCGAACAAUCUGAACUGUGAAUACUUGAUCAAGCUGCCGAUUGGUAGCCGGGUGGAGAUAAAGUUUUCCAAGUUUCACCUCGAACAGAGCGAUGGCUGCAAGUUCGACUACCUGGAAAUCUUUGACGGUCGCAACACGGAGGACCCAUCGCUCGGUAAGUUCUGUGGAGAUCGUAUUCCGCCCGCUGUCAUCUCUUCUGGCAACUCACUGCUGCUCAAGUUCCACACCGACUGGUCAGCACCAAACCCUGGAUUUACAGUCAUGUAUAAGAUCAAGUGCGGCGGAACGUUCACCGACCCUCAAAUCGAAAUCAAAUCACCUGCCUACCCGCAAAUGUACUCGGCCAAUCAGCUUUGCGACUAUGUGAUCCACGCGCCGCUUGGAAUGGCGAUCGAAUUCGACUUCUUGGAUUUUGACAUGGAGAAGAAUAGCUUCCCAAAGUGUGAGCUCGAUUUUGUCGAGCUGUAUGAUGGUCUGCUUCCGACCAACGAGACUCUACUGGGGCGUUACUGCAGCAUCAAGACACCACCGAGGGUGAUCUCGUCGAAAAACGUGCUACUGUUGCGUUUCGUUUCGGAUGGAUCGGUGGCUGGGCGCGGUUUUAAGGGUAACUUUUCUUUCUUCGACGUCAGCUGUGGUGGGGUGUUGAUGCGUGAGGACACUAUCAUUCGAUCGCCGAUGAUCGCGGAAACCGGCAGGUACCAGAACGAUGCUCAGUGUGAAUGGAUUAUCGUGGCACCACAAGGCCACGCAGUGCAGCUAACGUGGAGCAGCUUUGAGCUGGAAGUGAGCGGGAAAUGCGUGUACGACUACGUAGUGGUAUACGAUAACUCCUCGAUGGCAAACAGUCUAGUGGGAAGGUACUGUGGUACGGACAAACCACCGGCGAUCACCAGUACUGGUAACAUUGUGACGAUACGGUUUGUCUCGGAUGCCUCCUCAUCUAAGGAUGGGUUUAGUUUAUCGUUCAACUUUAUCGACGUCGAAAAGUCAUGUGGUGGUAACUAUUUCGCGACAAGUGGUAUAAUUCGUUCUCCGAAUUGGCCCAAAAACUACCUCUCCAACAAGGUGUGCGAAUGGGUUAUUACGGUACCGAUGGGCCAGCAGGUCAUGCUGUUGGUGCAUUCGUUCGCGAUGGAAAAGCACAAAACUUGCCGUUUCGAUGGGCUUACCAUACGGAAUGGUGGCACGCAGAACUCACCCCUAAUCGGUAACUUCUGUGGCGAUGACAAUUUCAACGGCACGAUCUCGUUUAGCCACCAGCUAUACCUGCGCUUCUACUCGGACAGCUCGCGUAACUAUCAGGGUUUCAUGAUCGAAUGGGAUGCUGCAACGACUGGGUGUGGUGGAGUACUCACCUCUCCACGCGGUUCCAUCAUCUCGCCCAACUAUCCGUUGCCGUACGGCCACAACGCCGUCUGCGAGUGGCGUAUUUCGCUGAGCCAGGGAUCGGCCGUACAUAUAGUGUUUACCGAUCUGGAUAUGGAAAGCCACAAGGACUGCCAGUACGAUUAUCUUGACAUCUACGAUGGUGUCAAUAUGGGAGGCCACAAGCUGGGACGAUUCUGCACAGGUGAAACGGACCCGAUCGUACUUAACACGGAGUCGAACCAUGCUUUCAUUCGGAUGCGUACAGAUGACACGAACCAGCGGCGUGGCUUUCAGUUGAAAUACAACAUCCUCUGUCGUCGGAACAUCACCGGUUUCGGGGGCGUCAUUGAGUCACCGAACUUCCCGAACGAAUACUCAGCCUCGAUGGACUGUCGGUGGAAGAUCACAGUACCAGCGGGAAAUCGGAUCAACCUUGAGUUUUCACACUUUGAUUUCGAAUCGAUCAUGCAGCAUGGCUUCGACAACACAACCCAUCAGCGCUGCCCGUUCGAUUAUAUCGAGCUGCAAGAGGCGAUUGGUGAGGAUCUGCCAGUACCAAAACGUUACUGUGCCACGAAGCCAGCCCCAUUAGUCAGUGUGGGACGUACGAUCGAAUUGAUUUUCCACACUGACUCUAGCGGUGAGCAGAUGGGCUUCCGGGCAGAGUGGUCCAUCAAUGGAUGUGGCGGAGUUUUAACCAAACCGUAUGGCAGGUUUACGUCUCCAAACUACCCUAACCCGUACCCGAAGUUAACGGAGUGCCAGUGGACAAUAAUGGCUGAAGCUGGUAAACUGAUCGAGAUUACGGUGGAGGACUUCCACAUGGAAACGAACGACAACUGUCGCUUCGAUGGGUUACACAUCGCCAAUGAUGGCAACUUUACGCAGCUAGCGGCAUCGAUAUGUCAUGAACAGCAGGAAGCGGUGCACGUUGUUAGUAAUGGUCCUCAGCUGUAUGUUAAGUUUUACAGUGACAGCAGUUUAACGUACAAAGGGUUCCGUGCUACGUAUCGGACUAUUACCUCGCAAUGUGGUGGCAAAAUCUCGUUGCACAAGGGAACCAUCAGCUCGCCAAAUUAUCCAUCCAACUACCCUUCGAACGUAUCCUGCACGUGGGUUAUAAAGACGGACGUAACGCACACGCUACAGUUCAAUUUACAAAACGUGGCCAUCGAACUGUCUCCGGAAUGUGCAAACGAUGUCCUCCAGGUGUAUGACGGCAAUGUACGGAGGUCCGAUAAGCUUCUGAUUAAUGUGUGUGGCACUGAGCCAAACACCACAUUCGUAACUUCUACAGGCAACGAGAUGUUGGUCUUAUUCCAGUCGAAUGAUAUCAUCGAGGCGAAAGGAUUCUCGGCUAAGUUUAUGACGAACUGCGGAUCGCGCAUCGUGGUAAACCAACCCGGCAACAUUCUGCUCAACAAGGCCCACAAGAUGUCAUCUGAAAACUGUACCUGGGUGCUGGUGGCGCCAGAUUCCACGCAACACAUUACUUUGACCAUCGUGCACCUGAGCGUAAUGGAUAUCGAGGGUGACUGUUUUGCCACCCUUACGGUGCACGAAGGCGACACACUAGAUGGGCCGGUACGAUUCGAAGGAUGUGGUCACAAGACACCACCGGCGAUCGUAAGCAGCGGCAAUUCGCUCACUGUCCUGAUCAGCUCCGAGUCGUUGGACCUUUCAAAGAUAGAUAAUCUAGUCGUAGAGAUGACCUACACCACUAUAGAAAAUGCUUGUGGAGGACGGCUCACGUCACUGACGGGUGAGUUUGCUACCCCGAACUAUCCGGAAACAUAUCCAAAUAACAUCGAGUGCGUUUGGAAGCUGACGGCAUCCGCUGGCAACAAGAUGUCACUAUUCAUCAAAGAGAUGGCCAUCGAACCUUCCGAUGAUUGUAACGGAGACUAUCUGGAGAUUCGGGAGCAGGAUGAAAACGGUGCAUUGCUUGGUGAUUUUUGCGGAAACCAAGCUCCAACCAAUCUCACUGAAGCGAGCAGUUUCUGGAUCAAGUUCCGUUCGAACGAAGUAGGCGUUGCUAAGGGUUUUCUAGCUGAGUACUCGUACGAUACCUUAAGCGAAAUCACCGGAACAAGUGGUACGAUAACAUCGCCAAUGUAUCCAAAAGGUUAUACGCGGACAGAUAAUGUUGCAUGGCGCAUCACUGUCAGCAUUGGUUCAGUAGUCGCGAUCAACUUUAAUAAACUUGCCGUCGAUCGAUCAAUGGAUGAUCCACUUAUGUGCGAUGGCACGUUAGUGAUAUACGACGGCUACGAUGAAACGGCAGCACCUCUUUUAAGGACCUGCGGCUUCAACAAGCCAGAUCCGGUAACAUCCACCUCGAACGUUGUGUAUAUUGUGCUCGAUCAUUCCGACAUCAUGGAUUCGUCUGUGUUCUCGAUGAACUGGCAGCAGAAGGUAAUCACCAACUUACCCGCCGCUACGGUUAACAACGAGUUAAUGUGCGAUGGCAAUUCAGUGAUCGUACUGAACAGUACCGACACCGCGUUCAACUUGUCGUCUCCAGGAUAUCCGAAUGGGUACGCAAGCGGGCUAAACUGUACCUGGAUCUUCCAGUCCGCUCUACCUACCUAUCAUCCUUUCUUAAGUUUCGAUUACGUGGAUAUGGAAGAAACGGCUGACUGUUUGGCCGAUUACGUAGAAGUGUUCAGCUCGACCGAUCUUGUUACAUGGAAGACAUUUGGACGUGUCUGUACAUAUGCUUACCGAGUAAAACGGAUGUUCCAUGGAGAACCGCACCUGAAGGUGGAGCUCCGAACGGAUUACUUCCAGAAUCGGACCGGUUUCAGUGGAACGGUGCAACUUCGAUGUGGUGGAUUACUGACGGCUCCGAACGGAGUGAUCACUCAGCCUGGUCGUAUUUCCACGGAUGUACCCUUGACUCCGAGCAUCCAGAUUUCCAGACUAGAAUCGCUCAGUUCUUGCAACUGGAACAUCAGUGUCCGGGCAGGACGGACUAUUGAGUUUGUAUUUGAGCAUCUCAACAUGACCCUGUACGAGUCCGGCUUACUCGGGCGCGAGGGUUUCGUGGCGAUCAUGAACGGCAUGGAUGAGCAUUCGCCAUUGCUAGGGCGGUUCAGUGGUACUGAUAUACCGAGUAGCAUCCAAACCAGCGGAAACCGUGGUUUCGUGCAAUACCGACCCAGUAAUAUAGGUUCGAAUGGCUUCAGACUGCUGUACCGCGAAGUGGGCAUCGAGUGUGGAGGAAGUGUCGUGUUGAACGUCCAGUACAACUCCACCGAAAUCACAACCCCAAACUAUCCCGAUAGCCCUCCUGCGCACACCGAGUGUCUCUGGACGGUGCUGGCACCGGGUGGUGAGUUGCUGUGGAUCGAGUUCAUCGGACAGGUGUACUUUAGACGGACGCCAACGUGUCGGAUGGAGUACGUGCAGGUACGCGAAGGUCUCACAGCAAACGCACCGGAACUGCUGCAUUCCUGCACGGCUGAUCUGAAGAAGCGCGUCCUAACUAGCACUAACGCUCUGUCGAUUAAGUAUUUUAACGAUUUUGCGGAACCCAACAAUGGUUUCAAGGUGCGUGUUUCACUGGCUAAAUGCGGUGGUGUGUCAAAUGGACAGCGUGGUACCAUCACAUCUCCAAACUAUCCCAAAAUCGGCGGAUAUCCGGCUCCUGUUGUGUGCGAGUACAUUAUCAACGAGUUCCAGUUAGGCACAAUCACCCUCACAUUCGAGGAUCUGCAUCUCCCGACCAGCACGAACUGCACAGACAAGGACAACGUGCGGAUCUACUCGAUUGUACCCGACGCCAACAGGACCGAAAUUGAGCUGGGAACGUUCUGUGGCACGGACGUACCCACGCAACCGAUCCAGAGUCCUCUAACGUAUGUGAAGAUCGUCUUUACGUCCACCGCCAUGAACUCGAUAUACCGUGGGUUUAAGAUGAAUUACGCCUUGAACUACAGCCGUUGUGGCCAAUCGUUCGUGGCGGAAUCGGGAGAAAUCACUAAUCCAGGAUACGGUAAAGAAGUGCAGCAAAACACGUAUUGCGAGUGGCGCAUUACGGUUCCGGCAGGGCGGCGUAUCAAAAUAGAGUUUAUCGAUCUGGAUAUCGAUGUUCCAUCUUUAACAUCGUUCUCGUACCAGCGGCUAUCGUUCUACGAUGGGUUGAAUUAUCACGCUCGUAUCAGGCUGAUUUCUUCGUCCAAUGACAAAACCACACCGAUCUUUUCCAGUGACAACCGGAUGCUUAUCCAGUACUUCUCGCAGGUGUUGACGGGUAGACGGGGCUUCCGUUUGCGCUUCUCCAGCAAUGAUUCGUCCCUGUGCGAGGGUAACCUGAAUGGAUACGAGGGUCAUAUCGCAACCCCUCGCAAUGUGACCACGAUCACGUGUUCCUAUAAGCGUUCGCAAUCAACGUUAUCUCGCGAUCCUGUCAACCAGCCGAAUGUGGGCACGUUGGCGAUGAACUUUCUGCAAGUUUACGCGGGUCCGAUCGAACGGUCAUGCAUCGAGAUUGGGCGCGGAUCGCCCUUCCCCGACGGACCGACCAACCUCAAUAAGCUAUGCACGAACACCACGAACGAGAUGGUGCUGUCACCGUUCCACAAUACGGUAGUUUCGUUCGUGCAGAAUACGUACAGUGGUCCUCUAGCGUUCACGAUGGACUACCGGGUAUACCAGUGCGGCGGUUUGUACGGUACGAUCGAUAAUAUCAGCUUUCCACAGGAACUCGAUACUUACGGCAGUAAUAGCCUGUACUGCGCCUGGCACGUGACGUACCCGGACCAGACCCUGAUCAACAUCACCUUCGAACGGUUCCAGCUGGUGCGGUCCUGCGAGGAAGAAUACCUCGACAUUUACAACGGUCCCAGCCAGAACUAUCCGCGUUUGGGUCGUUAUUGCAAGGAUUCGCCCCCGGCAUCCGGAUCCAUCGCGACCCAGAAGCACCUGCUGUAUGUUGAGUACCACGCCAAGGUUUUUAACCCGACCGAAAGUGACUUUGAGUUACGGUUAGGCAGCAAACAGUACGGCUGCGGUGGCACACUGCACCAGGGCAUGCCGACAUUAGGUUCUCCGCUUGUCGGAGGCAAAUACUUACCGGGCCAGGAGUGUGUGUGGGAACUACGUGCUAACGCUGGCCAGCACAUAGGAGUGCGUUUUAUCAACCGGUUCAACAUUGAGAAAAGCCCAAACUGUACGAAGGACUAUGUGGAGCUGUUCGAUCAGCAGCGCAACCGGGAAUGGGUCAGCUUGGGUCGCGUUUGUGGCAAGCAAAUACCACCACCGUUCAAUUCGUCUGGCGCCGCGAUGAAGAUCAUAUUCCGGACGGAUGAUUCCGGUCAAUCGGACGGGUUCACCAUCAGGUGGGAAUCUAACUGUGGCGGUAUAUUCUACGCCGAGCAGGAAGCUAAUGUUAUCGUCAGCCCGAACUACCCAGCCAAGUACAACAACAUGCAAGUUUGCAACUACACCUUCCUAGCGAACAACUCCGACAGCGGUAUUGAGUUUAAUUUCCUCGAUUUCGAGCUCGAGGACACUUUGCAAACGUCUAUCUGUGCGUAUGACAACUUGACCAUAUAUCGGAAAAUGGAGUACGCCGAUCCUAUGACAUGGGAAAAACUCGGUACGUACUGCCGUAACAUGACACCGCCACGGUUACGUGUGAAGGAUCGGGCUGCGAUCAUCUUCCGCACCGAUCGAUACGUUCAAGCGCGCGGCUUCCGGUUUGAGUACCGGUUGGACACGUGCGGCUCCAACAUAACAAGCUCACGGCGUAUACAUAGUCCCGAGCAGCUACCUUCGGAUGGAACGUACCGUCCCGGUUUGACAUGCCGCUGGUAUCUCAAUAUCCCGUCAGGCCAGAAGGUCACAAUACGGUUUGAGGUGCUGGAAAUUGAACACACGGAAUCGUGCUACUUCGACACGGUGGAGGUGUACCGUGGCCUUGAAGUAAAUCAGGAGCACCGUUUGGCUUUGCUGUGCGGGAAUCUUACCGGGCAUGCUCCAGCCAUCGCCAUCAGCGGUAGUAGCCACGGGUUGAUCAGUUUCAAGACAGAAUCAUUCACAACGUCCAAUGCGAAGAUGACGGCGCUUGUACUAUACUCUCCCGACUGCGACAAACACAUCACGCUCGAUGAACGCUCACCCAGCUAUCGGUUAAACGUGCUCGGUAGCGGUAAUGACCACGUGCAGGACUGUCAGUACGUCAUUCAGGCACCGACCGGAUACACACUUCGCGUGACGUUCGAUCAGUUCCACGUGGGAUCGUCGCGCAAUCGAUCGACCAAUUGUACGGAUGACUUCGUCGAGUUGCGGGACGGUGGCAGUGUGUUUUCUUCGCUGAUAGGACGUUUCUGUGGUAAUGAUCCGGUGGGCAUUCAGAACACCUUCGGUUCUACGUUGCACUUCCGCUAUGCCACUGAUUCGAUGCUCCGUGGUACGCUGUUCGAUGCGACUAUUUCGAUAGUGCCGUCCGAGUGUGGCUCUAUGAAUCGUAACCUCACGGGAGGCGCAAUCGUGACACUGAAUACACCCAAUUUUGGUGACGAAAAGAAAUACCCUUCGAACACAAGGUGUUUGUGGUUGCUAGAGGUACCACCUGGUAAACAGAUUGAAAUACAAUUCCUGCACAUGGAUUUGCAACAGUACGACGACAGCAAUAAAGUGUGCAAAGACUACAUUGCCAUAAGAGAUGCCUCGCUUAAAUCCAUCAUCUAUGAAGGUCUUGGAAAUUCUCUUGUUUUCAACGGUGGAGGUUCCAGUAAAGCUAGUUUUUACCAUGGAACUCGGUACGCGAAUGCUUACCACAUCUACUGUGGUAGCAAUUACCUACCCAGUACGUACAUCUCGAUAACCAACCAGGUGUACAUCAGCUUCGAAAGUGAUGCCUCCAUCGAGGGCAAGGGAGUGUCACUGCGCGUUCACGAAAGUAAUGUUUGCUUGAAAAACUAUACCGCUCUCCAGGGACGAAUCCUUCAAACCGAUUUACAAAAGGAUCAGGCAUGCGCUAUAACGGUGCAAGUGCCACAGAACUACACCAUCUCGGUGUACUUUAACAAUUUCUAUCUGUACAACGUAGAGUGCGCCAAUCACGCGCUUAAGGUGUACGAUGGACCGAACGAGACACCCGAUCGGUUGAUUGGAGAGUUUUGCAGCUUUGCCACUCCGAAUCCAAUCUUCACCACAGGAAAUGCUCUAAGGAUCGUGCUGCCAGCGAGCAAUCGGGACUUUGUUUCUCUGCUCCUUGAUGCCACGUACGUCGCCACCGACCAGGGACAGGGUUGUGGUGGCGAACUGUACAAUUACGGUGGCGUAUUCAGCAGUCCGCUAUAUCCGGCCAACAACCGAACGCGCAUGGUGUGCCUGUGGACGGUGACCGUUCCGAAUAAUUUGGUCGUUGCGCUACGUUUUGAGGUGUUCGAUCUAGGCAGCAAGUCGUCUUGCGCCACCGACUACCUGCAAAUUAUUGAUCAAUAUGAUGAGGCGGCGGAGGUGGCAUCUAAGGACGAAAAGAUCGUACGGCAGCAUUGCGGAGGGGAUAAACCGGCCAACUACAUCAGCGGUGGUAAUACAUUGCGCGUGCGCUACAAAAAGACACAAAACUUUGCCGGCGUCGGAUGGAUGAUUAAGUUUAUGGGCGUCGAAAAAGGUGUUGCGGUCAACGAUUAUUAG